AUGUCUAUUAAUCCUCCCCCUCUAACCUCUCCAGAAUCUCCUACGGUUAAAAAAUUUUUUUUAAUUCCAGUCCAGACCGAAAAUAAAUAUUUGGAUCAAUCACAAAAUGAGAAGAAUAAUCAACAUCAAAAUUCGAAUAUUUUAUUACCAUUUUCAUUAUAUGAAAAAAUGUUAUUAGCAAAAGCAUUGGAUGAACACAGAGCUGUUGAAUUGGAUGAAGAAAAUUUUAAUAAAUUAAAAGAAAAUAAAAAAGAAUUUCCAAAAUUUCCUAAAGAGGAGAUUAAUAAUGAGGAAAUAAAUAAAACAAAAAUAAUUAUUUACCUCCCACCUCCACCUUCAAUAUACCCCCAAGUGUUGGAGAAGACUUCGAGAAAGAAGGGGGAGAAGGAGGGUAAUAAGAAAGAAGGUUUGGAACAACAAAGAAGACGAAGACCUAAUCCUCAAUUAAUGCUUUUUAAAAGCCACUCUUCAGAACAAUAUGCUUGGAAAAACAAAAACACUAAAAAUGAAGAAAAACAUGAGAAAUUAAAUAAUAAUAAACAAAUAAACACAACAAAAAAACACAAUAAAAACAAAAAAGAAAAAGAAACAUUUUCAAUGUCUUCAGAUGAACAUUACUCAAUUAAUAGGCCUAUAACGUUGUUUUUACCCCCACCAAUUAGAAGGAAUAAAAAUCAGAAUGAGGAUUUUAAGAGAGAAAAUGGGCGCCCAGUAAAGGCAAGUUUUUUUAAGUUGGGGAAUAAAAUCAGAAUUUAUUUAAAACAUGAAGUUAAAACAGAAUUUAAAACCAGAAUUUUAUACUAA